AUGAAGGCGACACUCUUUUCCUUAACACUGCUGGGCGCCGUGCUGUCAGUAUGGGCCAUCCCCCGCCCAGACUUGGGCAUCAAAGGCGUUGUACCGGCUGCGAGCGAUAUCGGUUCAACGGCCAUCAAUCUGCUGCAGAACCGGCUGAAUCGGUUGGAUAACAACUUCGUCAACCUAACCUCGGGCUACACCCGGAUCGAUGACAUGAAUGCGGCCCUGCAGUCCAUCGGAACGGCCGUCCUGACCAAGGGUGGAAGCCUGGCGAACGCACUGGCCGUGCUGUCCAUGAGUACCACCGGACCGGUGGCCACAGCGUUCGGCCUGGUGUACACCGAGCUCGACAACUUCCAGCUACUGGUCAACGGCAGUUCUCUGACGACGGAGAUCGAGACGCUGGCAAACAACACCUACCCGGACACCAGCAUCAUCGUCGAUAUUGGCGAUGCCUUCGGUGGAGUGAACAGUACCUUGAUUGACCUGCGUAGUGCUCUGCAGGCACUGGAGGCAAAUGUGCAGUCCGCACAGACGGCGGCUGGCAAUGCGCCAACCGUUUCGUCCACCAUCAUCAGGACCAAAAUCCCGACCAGGAGCGUCACAGCCGUGACGACGCAGGUGCGUAACCUGUACGCCCGAAUCCCGUCGUUGGGCGAAAUCAUCGAUUCGACGAUCAGACAGCUACAGACAGCGGACGAUUUCAUCAUCGCAACCAAACUGGAGGGUGAGAGGGUCACCGGGGGCUACUCCAUCGACCUAGUAGCGUACCAGGACAAUUUGGAGCAGGUAAAAUCGGAUUACUACACCGAGCUGUCCACGCAGGCAGGUUUUGCUCCGGCCAACCAGCUCGAGAAUAUCACGAACGACCUGUCGGCGUUCUACGCCAACAGCACCAUCGACGAGGCCAUUGCCGGGCUUAACACUACGUUCAACAGUCUUGCCGGUACGAUCUUCGAUGCGUUCUUCACGACCUACAACACGUCACUGGGCAGCUUGGUCACCGAUAUGGAUACCGAUUUCGCCACGAUGCUGUGCGAUCCGCUCCGCGAAGCCGUCCAGGUGCUGAUCAACAACGGUGUGGACAGUGCGUUCUGCUUCGAGAAGUACUCGAACUUCCUGUUCAACGUGAUCGGUGAAACGCUCGACGACAUCGAUGUGUGCUUCCAGAACGAGUUGCUCCGUCUGUUCCACCUGCAGGACGUGCUGGGCAAAAUCGGUGUACAGCUCUCGUACAAUGUGGAGGACUUGCUGGCCAAUCUGCAGGUUUGCCUUGCCCUUCCUGCAGCGGCGCAGGCCGGUUGCUUCGACGCGAUUGACAACUAUUACAGCGCCCUGGACUCUGAGACUACCCUGUUGGUGGGUUCGGUGAGCGAAAUUGUUAAUUUCGAAACGGUCGCUAGCAUGAACCGAUUGGGCGCUUGCGUUAAGAUUGUCUUCCCGGCCAAGGCUGCUAUGGCUGCCUUCUACUCCUCGGAGACAACGAAUUGCUACAAUCGCGUCUAACGCGUGAGGGCGAAUUGCGAAUUGCGAUUAAUCAAAACGGUGGAUGGGGUGAUUGGGAUAAAUGAAAUAAAAGUUGAAUGAUAUCGUGC